UUUUUUUUCCCUGUUCUCCUCUCCUCCCUUUUUCCCUGUCUUUUUAUUUUAUUUUAUUUUAUUUUUUUAUUAAUGUUACGAAUACGUACCUUCUAUCUUAUCUUUAUUUUAUUAUUUACUCUUUUUACAAUAUUACUAUUACAUCAAACGCAACAAGAUCAUCUUAACCUUAAAUCAGCUCAGCAGUACAAUAACAGCAGUGAAGAGAAGCAGUAUUGGCCACAAGUUCAGUAUCCACCAGAACAAGAACAGUUUCUAUCCUACUUCCCAAAUGGUGACUUUAUGGAUCAGUUUCAUUCUUUACGAAAUGGACUUAGACUUGCUCUCGAUACCAAUAGAACACUCAUCCUUCCUUAUCUACGACUUGGAAAGACUUUAGAAGAUUGGGUACCUUUUGAUAUAAUGGCCAAUCGAUAUGAAGCUCAGAAUAAGACAAAACUUUUUUCUAUAUGUUACAAAACUGACUUGGCUGAGAACGACGAUGACUGCAAGGAUCUUUAUAAUUGGGUGGAAAUACCUUGGUCUACUUUAUUUGAUUUAUCUGUAUUCAAAAAACAUUCUGUACGUGUGGUGGAACGACAAAACUUGGAUUGGAAACAUGGUGGUGGAUGGUUACCUUCUGAUUCAUCGGCAGUAGUAGUGGUUGAUCCUUUGACUUUUAUGGAAAAUGGUAGUGUACUUGAUACUCAUGAACAACAAAAUAUACAACAACAUCCUAUUAUGGCUAACACUUCACCAAUGCAAAAACUAUGGAAAUGGUUACGAAAGGAAGAUGAUUCUAUAGUACCCUUACCAAUGCAAAGACCACUAUCGCAUAGAUAUGCUUCCACUUCUCAGCUUGUACAAUUGAAUACCCGAUUACUUCAAUUUGGCUCGGUUUCUCAAAGCUCAGCAUUUGUAUCUAGCAAAUCAGAUCAAGAAAUUCGGUUAUUAGAAGAUGUAUCGCAUCAAAUGAUACCCAAUCAUUUCUUACCACUCACUGAAAAGGCAACCAAUAUCAUCAAUGCACUCGGUGGUCCACGUUCUUUUACAGUAUUACACUUACAUCUACCAGACCUGAUACAACGGGAAACAACUUUAUUACAAACAGAUCUUUGGAUGGAAGAAGAAGAAGAAGAAAUGGAGAAAUCAACAGUAUCACAGGACAUACUUUUGGCACCGGAGACUUUUUUGGAAAUGAUGAACGCGAUCGUAUUUGAAUUAGCAGGCGAUAUUCCAAUCAAUCAGGCAGUAUCAGCAGCUUUACCCAUUCAACCUUCACUUCUUUUGGAUCAUCUUAACCAAGAUAAUGAUGAUGAUCAUCAUGGACCUGAAUUAUUGAAAGCAUGUAUUGAUUAUCGUAACAAAGUAGAUUCACGUUACCCAAUAAUAUACCUGAUUAUAGACAAGAUCAAGAUGAUGGAUGAAAAUGCAGUAUUGAAACCUCUUUUGGAAUUGUUCCCAUGUCUUUUUACAAGAAACGAUUUGCAAAAAUGGAAGAUCAUUGAAUCUGGUUGGAACAGUCUUGGUAAUCAAAUCAAUGGAAUGGAAGAUUAUUCUUUGAUGGAUUAUGAUGAUUUACUUGGACCGUUUUUGGACAUUCUUAUUGCUAAUGAAUCCUAUUCUUUUUUAGAAACGCCAUCCACAGCCUUAUCAAUGUUUGUUGCAAAGCUACACCAUAUGUUCAAGUGAUUUAUUUAUUUAUAUUUUUU